AUGUCGCUUAUCCGAGAGAGCCCCAAAGAGCGGCUGGAAGAGGUGCCGGCUGAUCAAGGACCCACGAGGAGCGGAGGGAGGGCGUAUCGGCUGACGGAGUGUCCCGAGGAGUGGCUGGGGAGAGUGGGGGUGUGCGUUGGCGGGGAGGAGCGGCCGGAGCGCUUGCACGGUCCGGUGGUGGGGAGGCCGGCGGGGCUUUCGGAGACCACGGCGCAGGUCCUGUUGGAGGCAGACCUGCACGGGCUGCUGAAGCUGGACACGCUGAUCCCGAACGCACCGCCUGCGCGAUGGCAGCGCAAGGCCAAGGAGAGAUGCUCCGGGCCCAGCCCCGUCAGCGUGUCGCCCAUGAAGCCGGCCAAUCGCUCCCACAGCUCCAGCAAGACACCGUCCACGACAGCCGGUGAGCGCCGGCCCAAAAUUCAAAGCACCCCCAAAAAGGCUGGGGGGGAUUGCUACAUUCCCAACCGCAGCACUAUGCAGAUGGAGAUGGCAAAUUUCCUCCUAAGCAAAAAGAAUGACCCUGCGGAGGAUUCCCCUACCAAGAAGGAGCAACAGAAAGCCUGGGCAGUGCAUCUGAAUGGUUUUGAUGUAGAAGAGGCAAAGAUCCUCCACCUCAGUGGAAAAUUAGAGAAUGCUCCAGAAGACUAUCAGAAUAACCUGAAAGUGCUCUACAGUCAGAAAAUGGCACCUGGAUUCAGCAGGAAGAAGAGCAGAUAUAUUCCCUUAAAGCCAGAACGGGUCUUGGAUGCACCAGAGAUGUUCAACGACUACUAUCUGACUCUCAUAGACUGGAGCUCCCAGAACUUCCUGGCAGUGCUUCUGGAUGACACUGUUUAUCUGUGGAAUCACACUAGUAGGGAGAUUAUCCCCCUGCUGCAGAUGGAGCAUCCAGAUGUUUACAUUUCCUCUGUGUCAUGGAUUAAAGAUGGAGACUACCUUGUUGUUGGCACAAGUAGUGCUGAGGUUCAGCUAUGGGACGUUGAGCAGCAGAAACAUCUCCAAACCAUGACCAGCCAUUGUGCCUGUGUGGGAACCCUCAGCUGGAACAGCUACAUCCUCUCCAGUGGUGCACGGACUGGGCACAUCCAUCACCACGAUGUCUGAGUGGCUGAGCAUCACGUGGCCGCCCUUGCUGGCCACACACACGAGGUGUGCGGACUCAGAUGGUCUCUGGAUGGCCGCUACCUGGCCAGUGGUGGCAAUGACAAUCUGGCGAACGUCUGGCCAUGCACCCAAGGUGGGGGUGGUGACUUUGCUCCUGUACAGACCUUCACUCAGCACCAGGGUGCUGUCAAGGCUGUGGCAUGGUGCCCAUGGCAGAUGAAUGUUCCAGCCACUGGAGGUGGCACUAGAGACAGACAUAUCCGCAUCUGGAACGUGUGUUCUGGCGCCUGCCUCAGUGCUGUUGAUACCCUUUCCCAGGUGACUUCUAUCCUAUGGUCAACAAACUACAAGGAGCUCAUUUCAGGCCAUGGCUUUGCACAGAAUCAGCUGGUCAUAUGGAAGUAUCCAACAAUGACCAAGGUUGCAGAGCUGCAAGGUGAUACUGAUAGAAUCUUCAACCUGACCAUGAGCCCUAAUGGUACAGCAGUGGCCUCAGCAGCUGCUGAUGAAACACUGCAGAUCUGCCGCUGUUUUGAGAUGGAUCCCAUAAAGAAGAAGAAGGAGAAGGCAAACAGUGCCAAAAGCAGUAUUCUUCACCAGAGCGUCCGCUGA